AUGUCUAGCUUGCCGUAAGUAGGGUUGUUUGAUAACCAAUUACCUAACUUGGAUUCUCUUUCUAAUGAUGUGCAUCUUAUAUAACAAACACUCCAUGGAUGGACCUCUAUUUUCAGUCAACUUAUGGAGAUUAGUAUUGAAACACAUAAACAAAAUCAGUCCAACGUAAUGUAAAAUUAUUUAAAUACAGACUGCCUUACUUCAACAAUUGAUGACUUAAAUGCAUCGAAGAUCCAAACAUUCUCAACAGAAAGACUAGAUUAAGCUAUCGCCCAUUCGGCCAAUCAAAAGUGAACCAGAUGAAAUCUUAAAACUUGAAAAUUUUUCUAAGAUCUUUAGUAAUCCUAAGAAGGUAUAUCAAACUGGGAAGUAUAAAGAUUUCGAUCAUGUAGUUGUAAGGGACACCAUUCGAUUCAGCUUAUGAAAGCAUCAAUAAGGAACUAGAAGAACCAAUAAGAGACGACUAAUAUCUAUCUGUUCCUAAGUCUAUGCAAUUAUCCAAUGACAAUGACAAGAAUAAGACAAAAAAGAGUAAGUAAAUAGAUCUCCAUCCUCAGAGUGCUAAAAACACAUAUGAGAACAAACAAUUUGCUUUUAAUAAGCCUACUCAAUAAGAUGUUAAAUCCAAUAAAGAAAACAACUCAAACUAGUUAUCAAUAAAUAGACCAGAAUCUAAACGCAAUUUGGAUAAUCCUCAAUUGUCGACUGUGCUUGAAGAGAAGCAAUCCUCAUUGAUGACUCCUAAUGACAAUAAUUAUAAAUGUAAGAUUCUUUGAAAUACUUCUUAGGUUCCAUCGCUUAAUCAUAUAGGUAAUAUGAUUAGUGCAGCACUUCGAAGGCUUCAUAAAAUAGUUAAAGACCGCCCAAUUAUUUUUAAUAAUAAUAACUAUAAUCGGAAAAUACUAGAUCUUCAUCCAAAUCUUGUUAUGGAGCUAAUUGCAAUCUCUAACAAUAGGUUCUUACAAACAACAUCAAUAUUAUGAAUUCUCCUUAGAAUUUAUAAUUGAUGCAACAGUAACAAAAUUAAAAUCAAUCUUAAAACAAUUUGAUUAGUUCAAGUACAAAAAAUGUAAAAUAACAACACUCGUUGAAUAAUAAUGUUCCAAUCAAAUAGCCAAUCGAAGUUCCCAAUUAAGUAAGACUUAUGAGUAUAUCAAGCUUCCAAGCUAAAGAGCCAAAAGCUAUAGUGAACAAAACGGUAAAAAGUAGUUAAGCAAACGUUGCUUAGACAUAGAUUUAUUAGAUAAACAAUAUGAGACUAGUUAGGAGUUGAUUUGGAAGGUUUAGAAAAAUAAGAAGUGA